UUUUUGACUUUUUAUACGACAAAGCCCGAGUACGAGCCAAAGCACUCAUCGUCUUCUGAAUUGGCUCUCUCCCUCCUCUUCUCUUCAGCAGAAAACCUCUGAAAAAGCGCUAUGGGGAGAGGAAAGUUCAAGGGAAAGCCCACUGGUCGCCGCCAGUUCUCCACUCCUGAGGAGAUGAAGGCUGGAACCUCAGCGGCUCGUCCUCGCACAUUUAGAAAGGAAGAAGCCGAAGUUGAGGAAGAGGAGAUAUCUGAGAAUGAGUCUGGAGAGGAAUCUGAAGGGUCUGAUAAAGAACAGAGGCAGAAGGGUUUACAGGGCAUCAUUGAGAUUGAGAACCCUAACUUAGUCAAGGCUAAGAAUCUGAAAGCCAAAGACGUCGAUAUGGAGAAAACAACUGAACUUUCAAGACGUGAAAGGGAAGAGAUAGAGAAGCAGAAAGCUCAUGAACGUUACAUGAGGCUCCAAGAACAAGGGAAAACUGAGCAAGCAAGGAAAGACUUAGAACGCUUGGCCCUGAUAAGGCAACAGAGAGCAGAAGCCGCUAAAAAGCGUGAGGAGGAGAAAGCUGCCAAAGAACAGAAGAAACUGGAAGCGCGAAAGUGAGAUUUCAUGGAUGCUUAGGAAUGAAUUCAAACGGAUCUUCCUUACUAUUUAUAUGUAGCUAUAACAUAUGAAGUAGUAAUAGGGGUGUUAUGUGCAAGUUUUUUUUUUUUUUUUUUCAUGCUUCUCCAAAUAGAUGGGUUUCCAAGUUUUCAACUUUCCUACGUUUGUACUUUUGUCUAUCGAUGCUUGUUUCGUAAAAACUUAUAUACUAUAUUUGGUUGACAUAACA